UACCAACCGAAGAAGCAUUUCGGCAUUUUUACGGAGAUAAAUAGGCUCACGGUUUAUCACUCGUUCAGAGUAUCUGUGUGAUACAACAAUGGCUGCUCUGAGAAUGUUAAACCCUAGGCUUCUCCCUCUGGCCAUUCAGCUCUCUCUUCUUGUGGCUCUUGUCUCCGCCGAAGUUUUCUUCGAAGAGCGUUUUAAUGAUGACAAAUGGAGUGAACGAUGGGUUGUGUCUGACUGGAAAAAAGAUGACAACACGGCUGGAGUGUGGAAUCUCACAUCUGGUAAAUGGAAUGGAAACCCUACUGACAAAGGUAUUCAGACCAGUGAAGACUAUAGGUUUUAUGCAAUCUCAGCUGAGUUUCCUGAGUUUAGCAACAAGGACAAGACAUUAGUUUUCCAAUUUUCAGUCAAGCAUGAGCAAAAGCUUGACUGUGGUGGUGGGUACAUGAAGUUGCUCAGUGGCGAGAUUGAUCAAAAGAAAUUUGGUGGCGAUACCCCAUACAGUAUUAUGUUUGGGCCGGACAUCUGUGGCUAUAGCACAAAAAAAGUCCACGCUAUUCUUAAUUACAAAGGAACAAACCACUUGAUCAAGAAGGAUGUUGCAUGUGAGACUGACCAACUGACACAUGUAUAUACCUUCAUUCUUCGUCCUGAUGCUACCUAUAGUAUUCUCAUUGACAAUGUUGAAAAGCAAACUGGUAGCUUGUACAAGGAUUGGAAUCUUCUCCCACCAAAGAAAAUUAAAGAUCCAGAAGCUAAGAAACCUGAUGACUGGGAUGAAACUGAAUACAUAGAUGACCCCGAAGAUAAGAAACCAGAGGGGUAUGAUGACAUUCCCAAGGAGAUAGCCGAUGCUGAUGCUAAGAAGCCUGAAGACUGGGAUGAUGAGGAGGAUGGUGAGUGGACAGCCCCUACCAUUCCCAACCCUGAGUACAAGGGACCAUGGACGGCAAAGAAAAUUAAGAACCCCAACUACAAGGGGAAAUGGAAGGCGCCUAUGAUUGACAACCCAGAAUUUAAAGACGACCCAGAAAUCUAUGUUUAUCCAUCUUUGAAGUAUGUGGGCAUUGAAUUGUGGCAGGUGAAAUCCGGAACCUUGUUUGACAAUGUGUUGGUAUGUGAUGAUCCUGAGUAUGCAAAGAAACUAGCUGAAGAGACAUGGGAAAAAAAUAAGGAUGCGGAGAAGGCUGCAUUUGAAGAGGCAGAAAAGAAGUCUGCUGAGGAGGACUCCAAGGAUGAUGAUCCAGUUGAUUCUGAUGUUGAGGAUGGAGAUGAUGGGACGGAUGAUGAUGAGGAUGUGAAGCCAGAUUCCAAUGAAGAUGAUGAUGUACAUGAUGAACUCUAAGCGCCUACAUUUGAGUUGAUUGGUACAGAACCACCUUAAGCGCCCGCCUGCUUCUAGUUGUCUUCAGCAUUUGCGCUUAAAAGUUUCUAUUACCACUUAGUUUUUUCCCUACUGUAGCUUCGGCAUUAGACCCUUCUGAGGCUCUGCAUGAAGACCAUAUGGCUUAUCAAUGCAUGUCUGUUAGAGUUCAUAGAAUUAUCUGAGUUAAAGGUUCUGGGAAUUUUUAUUUAGCUCAUUAUGGAAACCCAUUUUAUGCUUCAAACUGAAUUUGAUCAACAACGUAAUAGUAGCCUUUUCCUCUUCGGCUCCAAA